CUCGCCUGUAGUUUAUUUUUCAAUUUGGGGAUUGGAGGAGAAAUGAGCUGGGGCAUGCAGAAGACGAAUGUCAAUCGCUUCUGAUGACUUAGUAUUCGCAUUCGGCUGCUUGGAGUAGAAGGCCCCCCCCUCCCUGGCUCCGUUUUGUGGUCGCGCAGCAGUUGAAUCUCGAAGCCAUUACUUUCAUUGUUGAAAGACUACGUGGUGGGUUGUACUGUAGCUCGUUAACAUGACUUCAGCAUACAGUGGUCUGGAUUUUCUUCCGGAUAGGACGGUCGAAAGCCGGUUGAUGAUGAGCUCGGAAGACACAAACAACGGCAGCAACAGCAGCAAGAUGAAUGGUUCUAUGGAGAACCUGGAUACCCCUGAUCAUGACUCCAUCAAGAUGUUCGUUGGCCAGAUCCCCCGCUCCUGGACGGAAACCGAGCUCAAGGAGCUGUUCGAGCCCUACGGGGCCGUGCACCAGAUCAACAUCCUCCGAGACCGCACUGCCACACCCCCCCAAAGCAAAGGAUGCUGUUUUGUAACGUUUUAUACCAGAAAAGCCGCCCUGGAGGCCCAGAAUGCAUUGCACAACAUAAAGACCUUAACAGGGAUGCAUCAUCCCAUCCAGAUGAAACCCGCUGACAGCGAGAAAACAAACGCUGUGGAAGACCGAAAGCUCUUCAUUGGAAUGGUGACAAAGAAAUACGGCGAGAACGAGGUCCGGAUGAUGUUCUCUGCUUUCGGACAGAUAGAGGAAUGCCGAAUUCUCAGAGGACCUGACGGUCUGAGCAGAGGCUGUGCGUUUAUCACAUUUUCUACCAGGGCUCAGGCCGCGAAUGCAAUCAAAACCAUGCAUCACUCUCAGACUAUGGAGGGCUGCUCCUCUCCCAUGGUGUGUAAGUUUGCGGACACUCAGAGGGACAAAGAGCAGCGGCGCCUGCAGCAGCAGAUGGCCCAACAGAUGCAGCAGCUCAACAGCGCCUCCACCUGGGGAAACCUGGCAGGGCUGGGAGGCCUCACCCCACAGUACCUGGCAUUGCUCCAACAGGCGACAUCUACCGGUAACCAGAGUAAUUUUGGUGGCAUGCAGAGGCUAGGAGGUGUGAACCAGCUGCAGCUGCAGAACCUGGCCACGUUAGCUGCUGCUGCCUCUGCAGCCCAGAACUCAGGCGGCGGCUCCAACGCGCUGUCAGCCAACGGAGCUCUAGGUAAUCUCUACAACUCAGCAGCAGGCCAGACGGCAGGCUCCAGCGCUGGUGCAGCCAUGAACACCCUGGCCUCUCUGGGCCUGACCCAGGGCCUCGGCGGGGGCCUGACGGGGGCCUCCAUGGGUCUCAACAACCUCAACGCCCUCACUGGGGGUGUCAGCGGUGAGUACUCCAACCGAAUGGCGGCUAUGAACGGAGGACUGGGGGCCUCGAUGGCGAACGGCUCGGCGGCGAGUUCCAUGGACGCACUGACUCAGGCCUACUCAGGGAUGCAGCAGUACACGGCCUCCGCCCUGCCUUCCCUCUACAGCCAGUCCCUACUGCAGGGAGCAGCCGGCGGGAGCCAGAAGGAGGGUCCUGAGGGAGCCAACCUGUUCAUUUACCACCUGCCCCAGGAGUUUGGAGACCAGGAUGUCCUUCAGAUGUUCAUGCCUUUUGGAAGUGUCGUCUCUGCCAAAGUCUUCAUCGACAAACAGACCAAUCUGAGCAAGUGCUUCGGGUUUGUCAGCUACGACAAUCCGGUGUCGGCACAGGCCGCCAUCCAGGCCAUGAACGGCUUCCAGAUCGGCAUGAAGCGGCUCAAGGUGCAGCUGAAGCGCUCUAAGAACGACAGCAAACCCUACUGAUCUUACCCAGGGCAGGGGCCUUUUCCCCCCAGGCUCUAUGUUAGCAUUACAAGG